UUCCGUCUACGUCGCGUAAGCGUUUGACGUCAGCAUAACAACAACCUGUCAUGACAGCUCGUAUGGGGAAAAAAUAUCGUUUAAGAUAUCAAAUCAUAUAAUAUCUGUUUCACCUGGAUGUAAGAUUAUUUAUAUAAGGUAAAGAGUGGCUAACUAAACCUUAACUUGCAUGGAAGUAGCAGACAUAGAUGCCAAUAGGCUGUGUAGCGUUAGCAGACAAGCAAACCUAGCACUAGCUAAUUUCUGUUUUCUGAGGUUGCUUAACGCUGUUCAGUUUGUGAAAUUCAGGAAGGACAGGGCAUUCUUGGACCUGUCAGCCAGCCGAAGAGACGGGGAACAGGAUAGGGAAGCAGGGCGAGGCGGGCCCCGCAGAGCCGGUGGAGAAGAUGGCCGGCAGCCCAGAGAAGAGUUCCACCGCGCAGGAGCUGAAGGAGCAGGGGAACCGACUGUUCCUCUGCCGCAAGUACCAGGAGGCUGCCACAUGUUACAGUAAAGCCAUUAACCGUAAUCCAUCGGUGGCAGUGUACUACACCAACAGGGCUCUCUGCCAUGUGAAGCUGCAGCAGCAUGACAAGGCUCUGGCAGAUUGUAAGCAUGCGCUUGAGCUGGACAGCCAGUCAGUCAAGGCCCACUUCUUCCUGGGCCAGUGUCACCUGGAGCUGGAGAACUAUGAUGAGGCCAUCGGCAACCUGCAAAAAGCUUUUAAUCUGGCCAAAGAACAGAGGCUGAACUUUGGAGAUGACAUCCCUAGUGCCUUGCGCAUUGCAAAAAAGAAACGUUGGAAUAGCAUUGAGGACAAGCGCAUCAACCAGGAGAACGAGUUGCAUGCCUAUCUGACUAAACUCAUACUUGCUGAGAAGGAAAGAGAACUUGAAGAAUACAAAGAGAAACAGGACGACAAUCAAAAUGGAGGCGACGCUGCCAAGAUUUCAUCAAAACAUGACAAGUUUCUCAUGGACAUGGAUGAGCUCUUUUCUCAAGUGGAUGAGAAAAGAAAAAAGCGGGAGAUCCCAGAUUACUUGUGUGGGAAGAUCAGUUUUGAGCUGAUGAGGGAGCCCUGCAUCACACCCAGUGGGAUCACCUAUGAUCGCAAGGACAUUGAAGAGCACCUACAGCGAGUGGGUCAUUUUGACCCAGUCACAAGGAGUCCCCUGACCCAGGACCAGCUGAUCCCCAACCUGGCUAUGAAGGAAGUGAUUGAUGCCUUUAUCCAGGAGAACGGCUGGGUGGAGGACUACUAAAGGGCCCCGCACCUCCUCCUAUCUCUCCAUCAUACCCCAGUGCUCAACACAAAACCUGGAUUACACUAAACUGUAGAGAACAGAUCACCCCCUUCCUGGAAAUGUACUUUACACAAGCAGGAAAAGCCACACUAUGGACUACCACAUGGGAGCCAUGUAUUUCGGUCUGCCUCUCCCUCCCCACAUUUUAUCUUUGCUGUAAAAGUCCCCGCUCCUACCUUCUGAGGCUCGAUGUUCAUGGCCUGCUGCUCCCUUUAAAACCCCUUUUUAUUCUGCUCUUUCUAUCCUUUCUCCUUACUUCCUCUUCUGUCAUGUUGUAUCUAGUGUCUCAAACCCGACUCCCUUCUUCACCGAAAAUAAGGGGCCACGUUCUCAGGUCUCUCUUGCUCACUCCCUACUCUGCCUCUCUCUUUCUCUGAGUGCCAGAAUCCUUGGAACGCAUCAGCAUUGCACUCCAGUGUUUCACAAAACCACCAAUAAAAAAAAAAAAAAAAUUACAAAUGGUGGUUGAUUACAUUAGAUUGGCCUUUUAUUUAGCAUUGACUCUAGUAUUUCUUAAUUAUUUAUUUCGUUAAACAUUGGAGCGUUUGUCCACUUCUUAAUGUACUUGCUAUUUGCUGAAGUGGUACGUAAAAUGCCAAAAACAUGUUCUCAACGAUGACUAGUUUGUAUGCAAGUUUUACAUGAUUGUAAUAUUUGAUAAUUGAUAAAUAGUUUUAGGUAAUCAAGUUCCGUCUCCACCGCCAGGUGGCGCUCCAACCAUACCCACCCAUUUCACCAUAGUGUAAGAUUUUGAGUAGAUUUUUAGGUUUUUUUUUGUUUGUUUUCUUUGCAUAUCAAUCGCACCCAAUUACAGACAAUUUAAAUGUAUACUUAAUCAAUUUUUAGGUUGAGGCUUAACCUACAGUAAUUCAAAAAAGGAUUUUUAUCAGGACAUUACAGAGUUUUCAAGAGAAGCAAGGCCUUCAACUGGAUGCAGAAAACAAAUUGAAAACCACUUCAUACAUAAAAGGUUUUCACAUUGCUGGAUAUUAAUUGAAAAUGUUUGAGUGUUGAUUGAUCACAAUAGCUGUUUGCGGUUGAUGUUAACUUGCUUUGGAGAAUGGUCUGUGUCGUUCAUAGAAACACAAAAAUGUGCUUGGACGUUGUGUUAUGCUUGUGCUGUUGGCCUGCAAUCAUCAUCAAGCAUGAAAUGCAUUUUCUUUUUCUUUUCAAAGGUAAGAGGAUGGUUUUCAUUGUUCAUUUUACACACCUUCUCCUUAGUGUCACAGUUAUGAAGAAAAUGGCUGCAACAGCUUAUGUAAACCAAUCAUCAGUGUGAAACUAAGUUUUUGUUGCAGGCCUUUGGGGAUCGCUAGCAUCACUGUACCAACCUCCUCCAUGUUAGAAAUGCUGGAAGAAAUCCAUCUUUUCUCAUCAAUACCUCAGUCUAAAUCUUUUGCGUGCUGGGUCACAUGCACACUGUAAGCACACAUUUUCAUUUCAGUGCUAUUAGUUUACCUUUCUUUUAGCCGAAUGUGCGUCUGUGGUGAGUUAAGCCUGUUGGCGGUCGUGGUGCAGGCAGUGUAAAUAAUUUGCUUGUGUAUCUCAGAUUUAAUUUCUUCACAAAAUAGGGUUGCUUUUUUUUCUUGAGAAAUCCUAGUGCUUGAGAAAAUGUAUUAAAUGUAGAUAUGUUGAUAACAUAAAUGCCUGGUUCAGAUUUUGUUUGUCCCCAUUAAACAGUGAACUUUGAA